GUGGGCGAGCUGCCCUGGGCCGAGGCCUCUGGGCUGGGGUUGAAAGAAGCUGAUCAGAUGCAGAGUCUGGAGGGCUCGGGGACCGGGCGGUCAGUCGGGACGCAGACUGGCAGCAUGACGGGUCAAAUACCAAGGCUUUCUAAAGUCAACCUUUUCACUCUGCUCAGUCUCUGGAUGGAGCUCUUCCCAGGAGUAGAAGCCCAAGGGCAGAAGUCUCAGAAAAACGAAGAGGAAAACCGUGGCCCCUUAGGAGAUAAUGAAGAGUUGGCCAGAGUAUCUGCUGACAAAAAACAGGUGAAGAAAACUGGUCUUGUGGUGGUGAAAAACAUGAAAAUCAUUGGUCUUCACUGCUCUAGUGAAGACUUACACACUGGGCAAAUUGCUCUUAUCAAACACGGGUCCAGGCUGAAAAACUGUGACCUCUAUUUUUCAAGAAAACCGUGUUCUGCUUGUUUGAAAAUGAUUGUGAAUGCUGGAGUUAACCGAAUUUCUUACUGGCCUUCUGACCCAGAAAUAAGUUUGCUCACUGAGGCUUCUAGCUCUGAAGAUGCAAAGCUGGAUGCCAAAGCAGCAGAAAGGUUGAAGUCCAACAGCCGGGCCCAUGUGUGCGUCUUACUGCAGCCGCUGGUGUGUUACAUGGUGCAGUUUGUAGAGGAAACCUCUUACAAGUGUGACUUUAUCCAAAAGACUGCAAAAGCACUGCAGGGUGCUGACACUGAUUUCUAUUCUGAGUGUAAACAAGAAAGAUUAAAAGAAUUUGAAAUGUUAUUUUUGAUUUCGAAUGAAGACAUGCAUAAGCAGAUACUGAUGACUAUAGGUCUGGAGAACCUGUGUGAAAACCCCUAUUUUAGCAAUCUAAGGCAAAACAUGAAAGACCUGAUUCUACUUUUGGCCACAGUAGCUUCCAGUGUGCCCAACUUGAAACACUUCGGAUUCUACUGUAGCAACCCAGAACAGAUUACUGACAGUCACAACCAAAGCUUGCCGCAGGAAGUUGCAAGGCACUGUAUGGUGCAGGCCAGGCUAUUGGCAUACCGAACUGAGGAUCAUAAAACGGGAGUUGGAGCUGUCAUUUGGGCAGAAGGGAAAGCUAGAAGCUGUGAUGGAACUGGAGCUAUGUACUUCAUAGGAUGCGGCUACAAUGCCUUUCCCGUCGGCUCGGAGUAUGCUGAUUUCCCCCACAUGGAUGACAAGCACAAGGACAGAGAAAUACGAAAGUUCAGAUACAUUAUACAUGCCGAGCAGAAUGCUUUGACAUUUAGGUGUCAAGAUAUAAAGCCAGAAGAACGCAGCAUGAUUUUUGUGACAAAAUGCCCUUGUGAUGAAUGUGUGCCUUUAAUUAAAGGUGCAGGCAUAAAGCAGAUCUAUGCUGGGGAUGUCGAUGUGGGGAAAAAGAAAGCAGACAUCUCUUACAUGAAGUUUGGUGAGCUUGAGGGUGUUCGCAAAUUUACAUGGCAGUUGAAUCCAUCUGAAACUUACAGUUUUGAUCCAAAUGAGCCAGAAAGGAGAGAAAAGCAUCUGUCCAUCAAGAGAUCCCACUAAGAGGGUGCAAAGGCAAGCCACGGAACAGAAGACUUGUGCCACUUACAAUCAGCUAAGGGCCUGUGUCCAGGAUUUCCCACACGUGCGUCUCAGAAGGAGGAAGACACGCCUGCGGGCGCCGUCGUGAGAGGACACAAAAGGCUGCUGGUUAUCAGGCAGGGUUUUGUUAUUGUUUAUUUUAAGUAUUGUUUUUUAAGCUUCUUUUUUGUUUUUUUUUUUGUUUGUUUGUUUUUUGUUUUUGUUUUAAAUUUAUUUCAACUUUUUUUCCAAAAUCCCACUCCCCUCCCUCUCCCUCCAUAGACCCUCCCACCCCACCCCCUCCAAUCCUGAGAGAGGGCCAUGCACCCCAUCAGGCAGGGUUCUUAACCACCCAGGCAGUUGUUUGCUUUUGUGACAGUUCAUCAAGCUCAGCUUAUGUUUGAUGCCUUUUUAAACAAGAAUUUUAUACCAAUAAAUAAUAUUCUUAUCUCCUUUUCAAUUA